AUGCCGAAAAAAGAAAGGUUCCUAGUACUCUCGCCUGUCGUUUGCCCGAUGGACAGUCUUCUCCCUUUGAAGCAAUUGCCUGACACCUCACGCCUCAUGUGGACGUCGCCAAGGCUCUUUUUAUUGAAACGAUGCGAAAGCAUCAUCGAAGGGAUCAAGGCGGUCAACUCGAUCGUGUCGAAGGUGAUGGUGAUGACUCCUUGGUCAAUGGGACUGCACAUUUUCCCACAAACGAAGAGUUUGAGACAGCGCUCAAAGUCACGGAUUGUCUUCAGGCAGAUGAGUCGGUAUCACCAGAAGUGCAGCAUUCUCAACGUCCACAACUUGUAUCCCUCGCUGUGCAGUCCCUGCGAGGGCCUUCAACCUGGCGUCUUCACAGACAUCUCUGCCGGGCAAGUUGGAUCUUACCUGAAUGACUGCCCCUGUCACUGGUGGAAGAAUCAAUCCUGGGUACCAUACGGCACUGAGACUGCUUCGCUGUGGUGCAAACGUGAUUCUGUCCUCCCGUUAUCCUGCCGACGCGGCAGAUCAAUAUUCCAAGGAAACCCGAUUUCACAUAAUCUUGACGGACCCAGUGCAAGCGGAAAUGAUAGCCGUCCCACGGGGAGCCCAAUUGAGAGAUCUCUCUCGCCCAUAGUCGAGCACUUGUUGGCAGACCAUGCAAGCAAUGUCUAUCAGCCCAGAAUCAAGGGCAGUGUUCAGGAGUCUUGGGUCUCGCGCAUCGAGAGUGGAGGAGAGAAGUUGACGAUCGCCCGUGCCAACAAGAAGGAAGAGAGUCCCAUGACCCUAAAAAGGCAACCCGGUCAGAUUUCCAACAAUUCGUCGUGGGUGCAUUUUCCCCAAGAGAUCCCGUACGAAGAUCUCAUCAAUGUGCGUUUCGUCAACGCCUUCGUUCCAUUGAUUGUGUGUCGCGAACUUCUCCCGUGCAUGGAAGCCGGGGUCACCAUGCGAGGCACGGAUGUCAGUGAAGCGAGAGCAACGAGGAAAACGCCAGGCUCUCUUGUUUGCCAAUCUUUAUUGAUCCGAGUGCCUUUUUUACCUGGGCAUCCUUCCCCUCUUACUUCUGCUGGUCAUCAAGAUCUGUUCCGCAUAAAAUGCUUUGGUAUCUCUUCCUGUCAUGAAAGGCACUGCUACUAA